CACUACGCCAAUUUGAAUACAUAUACAAUACGCCAUCAACGCGCGACAUUUCUUCGUCGCACCUGAGCCGGCUUGGCCUAAUUGUAUAAAUACACCUUACGAUGGGCCUGGAAUCGGCUAAACGCGGAUAGGUCUUCGAUCGAACAAGAUGGGUACGCGUCAAACGCUUCUUUGUCUAACGACGCUGGGCGUCGCACUAAUGACGACGACACUGGUAGUUCCGAUUGCGGAAGCACAAGGCCAACAGCAGGCACGUAUCGUAUGCUACUUUAGCAACUGGGCGAUUUAUCGACCGGACGUUGGCCGAUACACUAUCGAUGAUAUCCCGGGAGAGAUGUGCACCCACAUCAUAUACUCAUUCAUCGGUGUGGACGACAGUAACUACAAGGUGCUGGUGAUCGAUCCAGAAAUUGAUCUGGAACAGAAUGGGUUCAGGAAUUUUACAGAUUUGAAAAGCAAAUAUUCCAACGCUAAGUUCAUGAUUGCCGUCGGAGGCUGGGCCGAAGGUGGUAAAAAAUAUUCUCAGAUGGUUGCGGUGAAAGAGAGGCGCGAUUCGUUCAUCGAUAGCGUGGUACAGUUCAUUAAGGCAUACGACUUUGAUGGGUUUGAUCUGGACUGGGAAUAUCCCGGCGCGGCCGAUCGGGGCGGUAGCUUCGGCGAUAAGGACAAGUUCUUCUACUUUGUCGAGGAGCUACGAAGGGCUUUCGAUCGAGAAGGCCGCGGAUGGGAGAUUACAAUGGCCGUUCCGGUGGCGAAUUUCAGGUUGCAGGAGGGAUAUCACGUCCCAGAGUUGUGUGAGAAUCUAGAUGCCAUCCAUUGCAUGACAUACGACUUGAGGGGCAAUUGGGCCGGUUUUGCUGAUGUACAUAGUCCUCUUUAUAAACGACCCCAUGAUCAGUGGGCAUACGAGAAAUUGAAUGUCAACGAUGGGGUUCAACUUUGGGUCAACUAUGGCUGCCCACCGAACAAGUUGGUGAUAGGCGUUCCAUUUUACGGUAGAACUUUUACGUUGAGCGCCAGUACGAAAAAUCCCACUCUUGGAUCAUACAUCAACAAAGAAGCUGGUGGCGGUGCUCCAGGUCCCUAUACCAAUGCCAGUGGUUUCUUAGCCUAUUAUGAGAUCUGCACGGAAGUACAAGAUGAAGAAAAGGGAUGGACCAAAAAAUGGGAUGAUGUUGGUCUCUGUCCAUAUACGUACAAGGAUACCCAGUUUGUUGGUUAUGAAGAUGAAGAAUCGCUGCAGCAUAAAAUGCAGUGGAUCAAACAGAAAGGUUAUGCUGGUGCUAUGACAUGGGCUAUUGACAUGGAUGAUUUUCGUGGACUCUGUGGCCCAGAGAAUGCUCUGAUGAAAGUACUCUACGAUAGCAUGAAGGACUACACCGUUCCAGAACCUACAAUUACCACUACACCUAGACCGGAAUGGAAUCGUCCACCGUCGACGCAAUCGUCUGUUCAAGAAGUUACCUUAGCAGGAGGUCCCACGACGACGACAACUCGUCGUCCGAAACCAACUACGACGGCCGCUAAACGGACCUCCCGCAAGCCAACUACAACUACCACAACUCCGGAACCGGAUAUUUCCGAAGAGGAAGAAGAUCGACAACCUGAGCCAGUGCCAGUACCAGCCCCUGCACCAGCUCCCGCUGAGGGUGGCGACGUUGAAGAUGCUGCCGACAUCGACUGCUCUGAUGGUCAGGAUUACGUAGCGUCUGUGGACUGUAGCAAGUACUACCGUUGCGUACAUGGGCAACCGAUAGAGUUUAGCUGCAAACCAGGCACAGCUUUCCACACGAUGUCGAAUGUUUGCGAUUGGAUCGAGAAUGCAGACCGAGCCGAAUGUCGAGGCGAAGUGAAAACGGUAAAGGAUUUCGUGCUGGAUGCGAAGGCGGACGCCCCUUAGAGAUCGAUACUGAUUUUUGGCGUAGGAUAGGUGUCAAACAGACUGAGCUACUCAGUAGAAAUUUAUUAUUUUUAAUUUAUUACAAUACUAAUUAUUAAGAUAUUACUGCCCAUCGAAUGACCGAAUGAUAAACAUUUCAAGUUACUGAUAUUUGACAAAUGUUUGCCUAUUUGUUUGAACAAUGAUAAGGGAAGCUCCAUUAAUUACGUAACGCAAAUAUUGGCCAUUUUCAACCCCCAUCCCCCCUAUGUCACACUUUUUGUAUGAAGCAUCCAAACAUUUUGUAUGGGUUGUCACACUCCAGGUAACCCCCCUCCCGCUCUAAGCGUUACGUAAUUUAUGGAUGCUCACUAAUGUGAUUUUCACCUGAUUUUUAAUGCAAUCAGAGUUAAUUGUCUAAUUUCUUACGGAAUAAAAUAGAAAUCAAUCACGUGUGAAGAAAUUUA